AUGGCCUCAGCAUCACUCCUUAAGUCAUCUCCUGUUCUUGACAAAGCUGAGUUUGUUAAGGGCCAGUCCCUUCGCCAACCCUCUGUCUCCGUCGUCCGGUGCCACCCGAAUGUGCCGUCUUCACUCACAAUCCGGGCAUCGUCUUAUGCAGAUGAGCUCGUUAAGACCGCGAAAACUGUUGCAUCACCUGGCCGUGGAAUUCUGGCCAUGGAUGAAUCAAAUGCUACCUGUGGAAAGCGUCUUGCUUCAAUUGGCCUUGAGAACACUGAGGCCAAUCGCCAAGCUUACCGUACCCUACUUGUGACAGCCCCAGGCCUUGGCCAGUACAUCUCCGGUGCUAUCCUCUUUGAAGAGACUCUCUACCAAUCCACCACAGAUGGCAAAAAGAUGGUUGAUGUCCUAGUCGAGCAAAACAUUGUCCCCGGUAUCAAAGUUGACAAGGGUUUGGUUCCCCUUGCUGGUUCAAAUGAUGAGUCCUGGUGCCAAGGGCUUGAUGGCCUUGCUUCCCGAACCGCUGCUUACUACCAACAGGGUGCUCGUUUCGCCAAAUGGCGUACCGUUGUGAGCAUUCCAAACGGUCCAUCUGCCUUGGCCGUGAAGGAGGCUGCCUGGGGCCUGGCUCGAUAUGCUGCCAUUGCUCAGGACAAUGGGUUGGUUCCAAUUGUCGAGCCAGAAAUCUUGCUUGAUGGCGAACAUGGCAUAGACAGGACUUUUGAUGUUGCCCUAAAGGUUUGGGCCGAGGUUUUCUUCUACUUGGCUGAGAACAAUGUUCUGUUUGAGGGCAUUCUACUCAAGCCGAGCAUGGUUACUCCUGGAGCCGAAUGCAAGGAUAGGGCAACCCCAGAGCAAGUUGCUGAUUACACUCUCAAGCUUCUUCAUAGGAGAAUCCCCCCGGCCGUCCCUGGAAUCAUGUUCUUGUCUGGUGGGCAAUCUGAAGUGGAAGCAACCUUGAACUUGAAUGCCAUGAACCAAGCUCCCAACCCAUGGCACGUAUCCUUCUCCUACGCUCGGGCGCUCCAGAACACGUGCUUGAAGACAUGGGGAGGACGCCCUGAGAACGUUAAGGCAGCACAAGAUACUCUACUGGUCCGGGCCCAGGCCAACUCUCUUGCUCAGGUAGGGAAGUACACCGGUGAGGGUGAAUCCGAUGAAGCCAAGAAAGGAAUGUUUGUCAAGGGCUAUGUUUACUAA